AUGAGCAACGUGACGGUCGAGAGCUGGCACGCCGCACAAGCGCGACCCAUGAAGGCGUUUCUCAACCGCAUUAACCGUGGUCUCUCCAAGGAGAAGGACAGGGAAAAGGACCAAAUACACAGGGAGAAGAUACCCCAGUUGUCGCCUAUAUCUGAAUGGCCGUCCCAACGCUCCCAAUCAACCCCGACCUCGGUUUUUAAACCGCUCCCAGAAUUAUCGUCGCGACCGUUACCGCCGGUAGACGAGCCCACGUCGUCCUCGACCGACUCUUCAGCCAAUCCCACACCUACACCCACCGGCUCAAUAGCACCGCUGCCUCCGUCAGAUGUGAAGGACGACCUGCACAUACUCGAGGUCACUGUGACCACUGGCUCGCCGCGCGUGGUGCAAUCGGACUCCGCUGGUCGCAGUUCACGAAAGACUAAUAACAGUAGCAACAGCUCGAAUGGCGCGCAUACCGAUGUGCAGAAGAAGGUUGCGUUCUUGUCACCACCGCCUACCCCUGGCCCAAGCAACGACCGUCCACUGCCUUCUGACACACCGACACCAGGCCCGUCAAAGACCACUGUUUCUCGUUUCCACGCUACACAGGCCAAGGACUCGAGAGGCUCUACCUCGACCGCCACGUCCUCCAGGACAGAUGUUGCUUCUACGGUGAAGUCUAUGAAGCCUGGCUCGACUCGCACCGCUUCGUCUCCUUACCCGCGAGGAUACGGUGACGGAGCGUCGAUCCACCAGUCACUGCGAUCGGGCACGCCAUACUCUCAAAUGACUCAUGCCAGCAGUCGCAUCCUCUCAGCCCAGUCUUGGAGCGAAGGAGCAGAAGAUGAUCUCGUGUCCAAUAUUGGACAGCGAGAGCGCACACGACAAGAAGUCCUGUGGGAAAUCGUAGCCAGUGAAGAGCGCUAUGUAACUGAGCUAAUCAAGAUGAAGGAGACUUUCAUUGAUCCCUUAUUACAUCCUUACUCUGCUUCGACUCCUGCAUCCCCUGCUUUCGAUGACUUCCCGACAGAAUCACCUCGAGAGUCUUUUGAUCACCUCCCUAUUGCUGCCCGCUUCCUCACGCCUACCCCAUUCCGUUCAGACUCGCCAACCAGAGAUGAGCACCCGAAUGUUGAUGCGGAGUCGCUAGAUUCAGACGAAGAGGACGAAGCGGAGGACCGUCUGGGCGCGGCCUUCUAUUCGACCAAAAAGGGUCUCGGAGGGAAGCAUAGUCAUCCCCGGUCGCCGUAUGGUACAAGCGCGAGUCGUGCAGGAGGAAAGUAUGGGACGACUGUACCGUUCCCUGCGCGCUCACACCAAUCACUCCCGCCACCCCCACGUGCCAACCCAAUGGCUAGCUCUACACAAUCACUUGGACGACAGUCCGUGCAUGAACAUGACCUGAACAUACCGGUGAUGUCGCCAAAGCCCGCAUCUACCGCGCCUUCGAGAGUGUUGCAGAGAUUUAAGCGAAGCGGUCCGACACCUGCAAAUAUCUCAGGCGCUAUCCCGCCGACAAUGUUGCCGGAAGAUCUCAGGAAAUGUCUCGAAGUCAUCGAGGGUGGUAUUCUUGAAGGUCACAUCAAGCUAAGUGAAAGUUUGCGGAAGCGUUAUGAGGACCAGUAUCCGCUGGUUCGCUCGCUCGCGGACGUCUUCGUUGCUAAUUCGCAUAUCCUGCAUGGGUAUGCCACUUUUGUCUUGCAUCUCGAACGGGCCUUGGAGCAAGUCGACAAUGCUCUUUCCACCGCAGCUGCAACCAAAAGGCCGAAGAAGCAGGACGUGGACCAAUGGUUGAAGGUCUGUAGUUAUUUGCAGCAACUCGAGAACAACGCGGCGGAGAAGGCCGAGACAGGAUUGGCCAUUUCGCUCUCUAAACCGUUCCAGCGGUUGCUUAAAUACCCACUCCUGUUCCAGAAUCUCCUCUUUCACACCGACCCGAGUACGUAUGAGUACGAGAGCACGCUGCAGAUGGUCGCGGAGGUCGAGACGAUCGUGCGAAGCAUCGAGGACGAAAAGAUCCAGAAAGAAGAGCGUGACAAGACGCGAGACGUGUUCGGGCGGAUUGAAGGCCUUGAAAAGGAUAAGCAGCUCAUGCUGCCGAAACCUUCGCGAGUGCUAGUCGAAGAACGUCCUGCGCUCGCCAUCAAUGAGAAUGGGAAGCCUAUCUCGCCACCGCCAGCCGCAAAGCCUACUACUGUUGUCAAAGGCAAGACAUCGUUCAAACGUCUGAGCGAUGUCUUGCAGUCAAACAGCAGUGGGAUCGGGGGGAAGAAGGACCAGUGGUUGGUCGUAUUCAACGAUGUCGUCUUGCGUUGUCAGAGGACUGGGACAACGUCCCUGCCCAUGGGGUCUUCGAGCAAUGCGCGGACAGCCUCUGCCUCUAUGCCAGAUCUGCAGGGCAAGAACAAAUUUGGUACGGAGCGAAGGCGAACGUCACAGGUGAGGCCACGUAAUCUUUAUAAGUUCAUCAAGAUCGAGACUUGGGCCAUCGGGGACGUUGUACAGCCACGUGAAGGCGUCGUCUCAAUGGAAGAUGUCGUAAGGUCGAGGCAGCAAGUGCACUCUGGCGAACCUCAGCCACGGAUAGUGCCAAUGCCAGACGAUGACGAUGAAGGCCGGGACUCUGAUGACUCUGAUCGCAAGAGCAAGAUGAGCUUCUCUUACUGGGGUGCUGACAAGGUGACUCUGCAAAAGCCAAUUGUUAAGCCUCGACCGGUCGCUGGGACUGGUGCGCGACGGGGCGUACCGGCGACAUCAUACGGAAGGGAAUCUUCAGCGAACGCCAAGUUCGGCACUCGUCUUAUCGCGGAGGCACCUCAUGUUGCGCGACCUGCUAGCCGCCGUACCCAGACGCCAACCAAUCGACGACCUACCCAGUCGGACGAUGGUCACGCUGUGAAAGCGACUGUUACCAGAGAGAAGCCAGGGUGGAAUACGAGCACCCGCGCCACGGCUACACCAAUUCCCAAGAACCAACGGGUACGGAACAUCUCUCAGACGAGCACAUCGACACGGACGCCGACGACUGCUGCCGCACUUGUCGCCACCACUGCCGCCUCCAAACUUCCCUCACCUGCGCCAUCUGAAGAUUCAGGGGUCGGCUUCUAUAAGUCGAUUCUAGCUCAAAACCCUUCGUUGAACCGGCUUAACCCUUAG